GAACGGAGCUCCCUUUGAAUAUGAGGGGAAAUGUUGACAGUCGGAGUUGAAAAAGUUGGUGAACGGAAACGUAGCCUUCGUGUCGCUUCUUUGCUUUUAAACACAUUUCUGUAUCAGAGCGACUUUACUCCACCGUGAAGCAGCUGCAGAUACAAACACCUGAAAGAUGUCAGGAGCUCACGAGCCGAACAGGAAGCGCCGUCCCUUUAAAACGUUCGUCAUCUUGACGGACCUGUGGAUCCAGGACCAGCUGGAAGGAGACAUCUGUCUGCAGAGGGGCUUCAUCUGCCAGGAGCAAGAUGUUGGCAAGAGCAGAGGGGACAGCCUCUUGGUUAAGAUGUUAGACAUUGAACUUGUUAUAAAAUUAGAGAAGAAGUACCUGCUAGAAAUCUCAGUCGACCUCGUCAACCUGGUGGAACCUGUACAGGAUCUGGACGUUCGACUCAACCUUCUAAACAAUCCCGAAAACCUUCGACAUUUGGCGUCUCUACCUGUCGGUUCCCAACUGUGGGUCCAAAUAGGCCAGCAAGAUGAGCUGGCCGAGGCAGAACUCAAGUUUAAAGGGCCUCUAAUCAGAGGGAGCAGCGCUGUGUUCUUUGGGGUGGAACUGAAGGGUUCAGCGGUGGGCAAAGGAACAAACAAUGGCUCCUACAAAGGUUACCGUUACUUCACUUGUCCAGAAGCAUGUGGCCUCUUAGUUCCCGUCAGUCACAUCCAAGUCCGCCAUUGGACCCGCACCAGUACCCCAGAUUCACCCGUGAAAUCCCGCGGCAAAGGCAAUCAACGCAGCAGCCGCCACCCUAUCAAUGGGCACCGUGGCAACAAUGAUCGUCUGAAUCAGCAGCGGCAGCUCCAGCAGCAGCAACUUCAGAAGGAGCAUGUCCAGCAGCCUCUCGCUAGUAUCCCACCUCAGCCACUGACCAUACUCUCUCGAACUACUGAGGCAACACCCAUCAUUGCUUCUAACCAGGUCCGAGGCCCUGCGUCACCUCAGUCAUUCCACAUCGGCCAGCGGGUCUGUUUCCCCCUUGAGGACACUGUUCAUGCAGGGGAGGUGCGCUUCUGUGGCCCCCUGCCUGGCCGGUCCUCAACAUAUGUCGGAAUCCUUCUGGACGCUCCUGUUGGUAACUGGGAUGGGACCUACAACGAACAGAAGCUCUGUCAUAUUCCUUCUGUCCUGUAUGGACAACUCCUGCCAGCCAGCAAGGUUUCCCCAGAGGAUAAACCCUUCAAUCACACCCCUCUUCAACAAGUUCCAAAGUCCAUCUUAAAGCCAGCAUUGCCUCCUGUUACUAAAUCCCCCACGACAUCACAGUCUAUUGCUGCUUCUAAGAUUGCACUGGUACCCCCUGCCAGACCAGCCCUCAAACCUCCUCCCCUGCCCCUACCAAAACCCACCAAUAAGGUCCUGCCCAGUCCUCCAGUACCACCUCCAAAACCCCAAAGCCCACCAUCGACGGCCACGGCCUUCGAGCUCACCAACGGUUCCAAUAGCCCUCCCUCACCUCUAAGAAGUCGAGAAAAUGGUGAGAAUUCAGGGGAGAAUGAAAAGCCAGAACUGGAGAGUGACCUUGAGGUGGGCUCAAUGGUUGAAGUAAACGACCCACCACUUUUUGGGGUUAUCCGAUGGAUUGGUCAGCUGGGCAACAUUUCAGAACCAGUGGCUGGAAUCGAGCUGGAGCAGGAGCUGUCUGCUGGAACAGACGGCAGUUACCUCGGCGAACGGCAUUUUCGUUGUCCGCCCAACAAGGGACUCUUCGUCAAGCUUCGCAACUGCAGGCGGGACUCCAGGUUCCCCGCCCCUGAGAAACCUGUCAAUCAAGUGGAACGCUGCAACUCUAUAGCCUUUGCAGAGUGGGUCAGUGAGCGUGUGGAGGAGCACAGCCCCCCUGUGGAGGGGGACGAGGCCAGGCAGCUCUACGAGGGCUCCAAGAGAGGCAUUCAAGGUCACCUGAACUCCUGUUACCUGGAUGCUACGCUCUUCAGUCUGUUUUCCUGCUGCAGUUCAGCAGACUGGGCGUUAUUUUGGCCGUCAGACGCAGAAACUGACCCACGGUCCAAACAGGCUCAGGACCUGCUCCGCUGUGAGAUUGUCAACCCGCUCAGAAGGUUUGGUUACGUGUGUGCCAGUAAGACCAUGGCUCUGCGGCGACUGCUGGAAGCUGCGAACAGUAACAUGGGCUUCACCAGCCAGGAGAAAGAUCCAGAAGAGUUCCUCAACAAGCUUUUCCAGCUCCUGAGAGUGGAGCCGCUCCUCAAAAUCAGAUCAAUGACUCAGCAGGCUCAGGAGUCUCAUCUCUAUCAGCUCUUCCCACCAACCCACCCCUCCUCACCAACCUCGUCUCUUUCUGCUCCUGACUCUCCCAUUCCCAUCUCGUCUGCGUCGUUAAUGAGGGUCGCCAGCGUUCAGGCCCUGCUGGAGUCCUCGUUCCAUCACUCCGGCCUCAAGUUUGUCGAGGCUCCUUCCUGUUUGCUGCUGCUCAUGCCUAGGUUUGGACGAGACUUUAAAAUGUUUGACGCCAUUUUACCCACUCUCAGUCUGGACAUCACAGACCUGCUGGAUGACGCUCUCAGACAGUGCAGUAUCUGCCAGUCUGUAGCCGAGUGGGAGUGUGUGCAGUGUUACGAAGACAUGGACAUCACUCCAGGACAUCUAAAACAGUACUGCCAGACCUGUAACACACAGGUCCAUAGCCACAAGAACCGUGUAUCUCACAGUCGGGUGAAGAUAAAUGUUCCAGAGGGCCCCUGGACGGGUCCCCUACUCCACACCCGCCAGCGGAUGUCUCUGUUUGCUGUGACGUGCAUCGAAACCAGCCACUAUGUGAGCUUCGUCAAACAUGGACCCCAAGACACGGACUGGUUGUUUUUUGACAGCAUGGCAGACCGGGAAGGUGGUCAGAAUGGCUUCAACAUCCCCCAGGUGAAGGCGUGUCCCGAAGUGGGCCGCUUCCUCAGCCUGUCAGAGGACGAGCUGAGCCGAGUGGACGCCUCGUCCUUAAAGGAGACGGCCCGUCGGCUGCUCUGCGACUCCUACAUGUGUCUGUACCACAGCCCAGAGCUCAGCCUGUACAAGUGAUGCCGAGGACCAGACACACACUGAAAAUACACACGCUUGGUCUUUCUAGAAACUCUAAACUGUUACGGGGAAGAAAAGAAUGCUCUCACAACAUAUUGGGAAUUAUCGGCCUUUUUUUCCUCAUUAAAAGUUUUUUUUUCUAAAUAAAUUAAAGCCGCCCCACAAAGAAA